ACCAACACGAAUCCGAGACCGCAGUAAAAACGAAAAAAGUGCAGACAAGAAUUCUUGGAGUGCAAGUGUGACGGCAAAUAACAACAAAAAGGAUCUUUUUGUAUACGGCGAAGAAUUUUUGACGGCGUCAAGACAAGGGUUUCAAAAACAAUACUAGUGAAAUCUUAAAGAAAUUUUUUUUUUAGUUGUUUAAGUUUUUGGUGAAACAGGGAAUUCUAAGUUGGUUCUUGUUUGAUGCUUACUGUUCCAGAUAUCAAACAGGCAAAGCAACUUCAUCCAAAAUGGCACAAUACAAGGGUGCUGCAAGCGAAGGCAGCAGGGCGAUGCAGAUGAUGAAGAAACGGGAACAAGCGCAGGAGGAAGUUGAGUUUCGAAAAAAGAAAAUUGAAGAGGAACUAAAACUGUCUGGAAUGAAAGACAAGUUUGCUUCACAUUAUGAUGCAGUCGAACAGCAAUUAAAGACCUCCACAAUUGGUUUAGUGACCCUAGAUGAAAUGAAAGCAAAGCAAGAGGUGAUAGUUCAAGAGAGGGAGAAACAGCUGGCUAAAAAACUCAAGGAAAAAGAACGAGAAAUUGAGAGAGAAUUGGAGGCCAAACGAGCGGAAAAAAAGAAACAAAAGCAGCAAAUUAAAUCGCUAUCUUUUAAAUUAGAUAACGAUGAAGAAGAAGAAGAGGGUGACCAAGAGGAAAUUCAAAGUGCCCCCUCCCCAAAGAUAUUAGCUGAUGAAAGUGAAUCAUUAGAUAAAAGUGAAGAGGAACCUGCGGCAAAGAAAAUUAAAGGUAAUAAAAACCCUGAUGUAGACACGAGUUUCUUGCCUGACAGGGACAGAGAAGAAGAAGAAAAUAAACUUCGCGAGGAGCUUCGUCAAGAGUGGGUAACUAAACAAGAAGCUUUAAAACAAGAACCCAUAGAAAUUACCUACAGCUAUUGGGACGGGUCGGGUCACAGGAAAACGACUCGCAUGAAAAAAGGAAACACGAUUUAUCAAUUUUUGCAGCGCUGUCUGGAUUCACUAAGGAAAGAUUUCCAUGAAUUGAAAACAAUUUCUGCAGAUCAAUUGAUGUAUGUGAAAGAGGAUCUCAUAAUACCUCACCAUUAUUCGUUUUAUGAUUUUAUAGUCACAAAGGCAAGAGGAAAAAGUGGUCCUUUAUUCAGUUUCGAUGUUCAUGACGACAUCCGAAUAGUAAGCGAUGCAAGCGUUGAGAAAGAUGAAUCCCACGCUGGCAAAGUACUGCUGAGAAAUUGGUAUGAAAGAAAUAAGCACAUCUUCCCAGCAUCCAGGUGGGAGCCGUAUGACCCUACAAAGACAUAUGAAAAAUAUAGUAUCAAAGAUAAGAAUAAGAAAAACGCGCCCUAAACGUGUGUUUGAUGGGAGGCAAACCGCCAAUCCAUAUUUAAUAUUUGGAUCAAUACAUUGUAAUAAAAUUUG